CAGCGACAUCAAUCAAACCCACAAAAACAAAGAAAUUUUCAGGCACAAAAAAAAAAAAAGAAAAAAAAAACUCGCUCAGCUUCAGGCCACAUUUUCACAACUACGAGAAUAUGGCCUAUGGAUUCAUCCCCUACACCCUUCCAUUGCUCAUAAUUCUUCUCACUCUCUUCAUAACCUGCCUGCUCAUCAAACUCGCUAGACGCCGAAGCGACUCCGACGUCAGCCACAUUCGACUGAAGCUCCCGCCGGGCUCAAUGGGCUGGCCUCUCUUCGGCGAGACCCUCCAGCUCUACUCCCAAGAUCCUACCCGUUUCUUCUCCAACAAACAGAAACGGCACGGCGAGAUCUUCAAAACGCACAUCUUGGGCUGCCCCUGCGUCAUGCUCGCCAGCCCGGACGCUGCCCGCUUCGUCCUCGUAACCCAGGCUCACCUCUUCAAGCCCACUUACCCCAAGUCCAAAGAGCGCCUGAUUGGGCCCUCGGCCCUGUUCUUCCACCAGGGCGAUUACCACGCCCGCCUCCGCAAGCUCGUCCAGCGCGCUCUCUCCCUCGACGCCAUCCGCAGCCUGGCCGGCGACGUCUCCGCCUUGGCCGCCUCCGCCUUGGAAUCUUGGGACGGCGGCCACGUCAUCAACACCUUCGAAGAGCUCAAAAAGUUGUCCUUCGAGGUUGGGAUCCUGGCGGUUUUCGGACACCUGGAAGCCCAUUACAGGAUAGAGUUAAAAAAGAAUUACGGCAUCGUCGAAAAAGGCUACAAUUCCUUUCCCACCACCAUGCCUGGAACUCCCUACAAGAGGGCUCUUACGGCUCGGAGGAAGCUGAGUGAGAUAUUGGGGGCCAUAAUCAGCGAGAGGAAAGAGAAGAAGCUGUUGGAGAACGACAUGUUGGGAUGUCUGCUCAACUCCAAGGACUACAAAGGGCAGGUGUUGACGGACGAGCAGGUCGCCGACAACAUCAUCGGAGCUCUGUUCGCCGCACAGGACACGACGGCCAGCGCCAUGACAUGGAUUGUCAAGUACCUCCACGACAACCCGAAGCUUCUCGACGCUGUCAAGGCCGAACAGAAGGCAAUUCAAGAGGUGAAUGAAAGAGACGGCACUAAUAGUGAGUCGACGCUGACCUGGAGUCAGACUCGUCACAAUAUGCCAUUCACUCACAAGGUGGUUUUAGAGAGCUUGAGGAUGGCAAGCAUUAUAGCUUUUACGUUUAGAGAAGCCGUGGCCGAUGUAGAAUAUAAAGGGUACCUUAUUCCAAAGGGUUGGAAGGUGAUGCCUUUAUUCAGGAACAUUCAUCACAAUCCAGAAUAUUUCAGUGACCCCCAUAAAUUUGAUCCUUCAAGAUUUGAGGUGGCACCAAAGCCCAAUACGUUCAUGCCAUUUGGCAAUGGGGUACAUGCCUGCCCUGGGAAUGAGCUUGCCAAGCUGGAGAUGCUUACCAUGAUCCACCAUUUGGUCACCAAGUUCAGGUGGGAAGUGGUAGGAUCGGAGAGUGGGACGCAGAACUGCCCAUUUCCAGUGCCAAUGAAUGGACUCCCAGCAAGAUAUUGGAAACAAGUCCCCAGCAGCUAGGCCUAGCUAGGUUUAAGAUAUAUAGUAGAGAAUGAUUAUGAUCAAUUUGGGUUACAAUUUACCCAUAUAAUUAGCUUAAUCUUAGCUAUUAUGUUAUUGGACCAACCAAUUUUCAACUUCUUUGUACCCAAUCUUUGGCCCCGAUUUUGGCCAUAAUCAAUGUCUGAUCCAGUUAAUGGGGGAAAACCCCCUAUUAGGGAAUGCUAAGAUGAGUGUUUCCCAGCCAUACCCUUUUUCAUCGGCUGCAUUUUCCCAUGUGAUUAUAACAAGUUCAAUUAUAAAUUCUAGUGUAGUUG